GGGUGGCGCCAAAGCUUGACAACAAAGCGGUUUGCUCCUUUCAACGGACACUCAGCGUCCAAGUAAACAAAUGAAAUCUCUGCUCUGUUCAAAUGUCGUGCCCACAAGUGAGUUUCUGAAGUAAAUUAAAGUGUAAAGAGGAGUUUGAAUAAACAGUUCAACAGCUUCCCGUUAAAGUUGUACAAAUGUCAUCAUGGCUUCAAAGACAGACCAACUUCUUAUCGUUGUGUCCAUCCUGGAAGGUCGUCACUUUCCGAAGAGUCCCCGGCUCAGUCUGGUGGUGCAGGCGAGCUUCGAUGGAGAGCAGCUGGCCACAGACCCAGUCGAGCACAGAGACCAGCCGCUGUUCAGCACCGAGCUGGCCUGGGAGCUCGACCGCAGGACGCUGCACCAGCACAGACUGCAGAGAACUCCCAUCAAGCUUCAGUGUUUUGCCGUCGACUCUGUGAGUAAGAAGAGAGAGAGUGUCGGCUACAUCGUCCUAGACCUCCGGUCUGUACAAGAGGUCAAACAGGAGCCUCGCUGGUAUCCGUUGCUGAGCAGCAAAUACACCAAACAGAGACCGGCCCUCCUCCUCAGCAUGGCGCUGGAGAAUGACGCCAAGCCCUCCGAACCCUCUCCUGAGAGGUUCAAAGCCAAGAAGGCCCCGCCCCGGCAAGGUUCUCCUGCAGUAACUGACCUGCUGCCAGAUCAGCUGGAGGCCUCGCUGAUCCCAGACCAGGGCUACCAUCAGGUCGGACCUGCAGAUCACUGCUGUGACAUGUUCGUCCUGUCCGUCACUGUGGCUUUUGCUACUAAACUAGAACAGUUGAUCCCCAGCACCAUGAAACUGUCAGCGGAGGCGUCUGGGUUCUUCUUCUACUACUCUUUACUGGGGAACGACAUCACCAGCGAGCCUUUCCUCAACCUCCUGAGCCCCGACUUCGAGCCGGAGCGCGCCUCUGUGCGCAUCCGCAGCAGCAAACAGAUCCUUCAGACCUUCCUGUCUCGGCAACCCAGUUUACAGAUCUACCUGUGCUGUGGGAAUCACUCUCUGGGCAGCACAGACGUUUCUCUCUCAGCUCUGGCUGCUGUGUCUGUGGAUCUGGAGAACAAGGCUGCGACGGUGGAGGGAGCAUUUAUACUCCAACCCCCUAAACACACCAAACAGGCGCUGCCCGCUCUGCCUGCCGACCUGCAGCCGACGGUGGGAGUCGCUGUUACCCUGAGGAGGGAGGAGGUUACACCACAGUCUUUAGGGAAUAAAGAAGGAAGUGGAGCUCCGACACACUCCAACCCUCCUCCCUCUGUUCCUCCUGCUGUACAGAGACCUCGAAGUUCCUCUCCGCUCCGGAAACCUCCCGACUCUUCUUCUCCUCCUCUUCCUCCUCCUUCCUCUCAUACAGAGAGCGAAGCAGAGAGCCUGCUGGAGGAGCUUCAACGUGGCAAAGAGCAGGCAGGACUGCUGGCAGACCUGGAGGUUCCUGUGCAGCUGCAGACUCAGACUGAAGCUACAGCAGAAGGUGGAGCACCCUCUGUCAGUGUCUCUGCUCCCAAAGUGUCCAUCCCCUCCUCCGCCCAUCACUACUGCUUCUCUCUGGACCUCCGCAGCCUGGGAAGCCUCAGCCUGACACACCCCAUCGCUGUGACGCUCAGGUAUUCGUAUCAGUUCUUUGGCAGUGCAGCUCCCAUCAUGACCAACCCUCCUGUGGAGCUGCAGAGGAACAUGGAGGCGUCUCUGCCUCAGUCCUACUGCGCCUUCGACUUUGCCGCUCUGCCACAACAACUGCAGGACACCUUCCUCGGAGUUCCUCUGGUGGUGGAGGUUUGGCACAGAGACUCCACCAGCAGAGACCAGCUGAUCGGACGAGCCUCCAUCCAGCUGUCUCACCUGCUGAGCUCUGAGAGGAGCAGACUCCUGGCAUCAACAGGAGAGCAGAGCUGGAGACAAACUCACCAGGACCGCAUCCCCGUGUUCAAAACACAGCGUCCCAGUGAGAAGGUGGCAGAGUUGAGCUUUGUGGCAACGCUGGAGGACCUGGGGUUGGUUAAAGCCAGAGAAGUCAUCCUGUAUGACUCUUCACAGGACGAACCUGCAGUCCCCAAACAGCCGUCCUCCCACCCUGCUGCUCCCAGCCUGAACGCCCCCCCGCAGGGCCCCACGGCCCCCAGAGACACCCUGGAGUACCGCACGGCCCUGGAGCUGGAGCUGUGGAAGGAGGAGCAGGAGGAUCUGUUCGAUGAUCAGCUGAAGAAGAAGGAGCUGAGCCACAUGCAGGCUCUGGCAGAGGAGUGGAAGAGCAGAGACCGAGAGAGAGAAGCUCUGGUCAAGAAGAAGGAGGUGGAGUAUAAUCUGUUGGAGGAGCAGCUUCAGAAGACUCUGUGUGAUCUGGAGAAAAGAGAGAAGCAGCUGACUGAGGCCGAGCUGGAGACUCAGAGGCUGCAGAGGGAGCUGCGAGCUGAACACAAUCUGACCCAGAGGGAGCUGCAGGAGAGCAGCAGGAGGCUGCAGCAGGAGUGUGACCACCGGGGGGCGAUGGAGAGAGACAAAGUCCGACUGAUGGAGGAGGAGCGAGUCCGGCUGCUCCAGCAGAUUGCAGACGGUGAGUCUCGGUACAAGCAGCUGGAGAAAGAGUUCCAGCUCUGCAGAGAACAACAGAACAUCAGACCUGAGUUCAGACUGCAGUCAGAGAUCAACUUACUCACUCUGGAGAAGGUGGAGCUGGAGAGGAAGCUGGAGUCCACCACCAAGUCCAAGCUGCACUACAAGCAACAGUGGGGGCGCGCCUUAAAGGAGCUGGCCAGAUUCAAACAGAGCAGGUGAGGUGUCAGAGCAGGACACCCCAGGUGUGGAGCUGCCUCCCCUUCAGUCUGUCAGCUCUUUACACAAAACAGACAUUAUAUUUGUAUCCAUAUUUUCUGUGGUUUCAGCUGUUUUGCAGAAACUCAUUUGUCUCUAAUGCGUCCCGGUCGUCCCCUUUCGUGUUUGGAACCGUCACAUCCCCAAAAAACCUCUGUGAGAAACUCCCCCUGAACUCCCACAGGUGGAGAGCUGCUCAGAAAACUACAUCUGAGCGGAGUAAAGUGUGUCUGUACGAGCCGUCCUCCCCCAGCUGCUCGGGACAGUUGACCUCUGAAAGUGGAGGCGAGUAAUGGAGGGAAGUCGACGAGAGUGUGGGGGAGGAGAAGUCAUUCUCUGGUCAUCCACCCCAAACAUCACAGACUGUGAAACCUGGAUCCUGCUCUCCUGGACACUUUAACAUCAUUUGGCCAGUUUGGAUUGGGCGCUAGAGUUGCGUCGAUUUUUCCGGUUCGCUGUACGAGGUUUAACCGCUUUGGUCCAAUUUCUUUAAUAUCUUUGAAGAACUCCAUUUGUCUCUAUUUUGUUAUUCCAGACCAUAGACGUGUGUGUGUGUGUGUGUGUGUGUGUGUGUGUGUGUGUGUGUGUGUGUGUGUGUGUGUGUGUGUGUGUGUGUGUGUGUGUGUGUGUGUGUGAUAUACAAGGACUCACCAUUGAUCAACAGCAUAAAUACUUUUUCAAGUGUUUGUAGGUUGUACACUAAAUAAAUAAUAAAAUAUUGAAUGUGCCGAUCUGAACUGUAUAUCAGCGAUGCGACUACGUAAGAUUUGUGAUGAAGAAUACUCCUAAUAUGUUGAUGGUGGGGAAUUUUUAUUAUCGAGAUAAUCAUAAAUAUUUGUCACAUGAGUGAAAAUGUGUGUAGCUCGCUAUCACUGUAGAGAAGGGAAUUAUUUUAAAUACAGGAAUCAUCAUGUGAGGAAGAACAGACUCACACAAUGUUGCUCUUAAUAAACAAGUAUUAAUGAUUUAUAAUUACCUCAUUUAACAUUGUUUUUCUUCACUAAAUGAUAUUAAUAUACCAGUAUGAUUUGGUGCCAUUUUAAGAGUUUAAAGCACAUUUUGAUGAUUAUCACAUGUAUGAUAACUGUGACAUGAUGCCUACAGUAUACACAUGUGUACAUGUCUAUAUGCAGCAUGUAGGACUUACAUAGACAGUGACGGGGCAUUGGGACAUGGACAUGUUGAAAAGAGCAUUUAACUGUAAAAAUAAAAUGAUGCGUUCUUGUUGUGUUUGCAGCGUUCCAUCAGUGUGUGUGUGUGCGCGGAGAGUCCUCAGCUGCAGCUGCUGGGAGCUUCCUGACGUAGCUGUAAAAAAAAAAAAAAAAUGCUUCAAAGUCUUGA